GCAAAGACCAAGAUGGGAAGUAAAUCUCAGACAGAAGCCCACAAAAAACAAUGAGAAUCUUUAUUACUCCUAUAAUAGAUUCUUCAAAUUUCUCCAAAUGAUCUUAAUUAGGCGCCUUUGGAGGGAAAAUUUUCUGUUUCACUUUGUUUUCUUCGAUUUCUACGAAAUAUUUUUCUACUUUCUUCUUCUGCUACUUCUGUCUGCUGCCAUUGCCACAACCUUAACCAGUUAACCUUAACCCUAGUCCCUGUUUUUCCACAUUAACUCACUUGUUUGUACAUUUUUUUCUUCAUUUCAGCACCAUUCUUGACAUACCCAUCUGCUCUUUUUAAGUCCAAAUUUAUUGCUGUCACCUCAUAAAGAAAAAAGCUAACUUUGUCAGAUCUGAGCAUAUCCCUUUUUUCUUCACUUCACAUAGUAUAGUCUCUUUCUCUCCACUCUUUUUCUUUUUUCUGAAUACAAUGUGGUGUUAUAAAUGAACCCUUUUUAUUUUCUUGGACAAACACUUUGAAAAAUAUAUACUACUAUGUCAUCGGAAAUGCGCAGCCGUGGUGGCGGUGGCGGUGGCAAUGGUGGGGUUGUUGGUAAUAAUGGGUUUGAUCCAAGUAAUCUUCAUUUGAAGAAAGAAUUGACCCAAAUCAAGAAAGCUGCUAGAGUGUUGAGAGAUCCAGGAACCAGCUCUUCUUGGCGUUCACCACUUAACUCUGCUAGAUCUGUAGCUGCUGCUGAAGCGAGAAAGCACCAUUAUUUUCAUCAUCACAAGGGUGGUAGUACUCUUACUAAGCAUCAAUCGGUUGAUGCUAAAGAUACUAUCUUUGAGCAAGUUGAGAGAAAUGGCACUAACAAUGGGAAAGAGAAAGAGAGAGAGAAAAAAGUGUUUCUACAUAAUUGGAGGUCUCAAAAGUCUGAGAGUGAAAGGAGUAGAAAACUAGGUGAUGAGGAAGAUAUUGGAAAUGGCAAUGAGAAUGAGAAUGGGUCUUCUUCAACUCCAGAGGAGAGUGUGGAAGAUAGUUUGAGCGAUGCGCGCCAUGGCGGCGGUGGCAAUGAUUCCAAGAGUGAUACUUAUGUAAGUGAUAGGUAUGCUUCAAUGAUUUUAAAGUGUAAAGAUACUAACUUUAUGCCAUCUAUUAGACGGAACAUGAAGAAAAAAUCAAUUAGAAGUAAUUAUUCUAAUGCCAUUCUAAGACAUCAAAGUGAAAAGUUGCAGCAGCAAAUUGUUCCUAGUAAUAGGAUUUCUAGAAGAGCACCCGCGGGUUUAGGUAUAGGGAGGGACGAUUCCACGAGUCUGGUUGAUCAAUCUGAUGAUACUGAGGAUUAUUAUAAUUCCGAGGAGAUAAGGAGGAUCUCUGCAGCUUCACCAUUGCUUGCUAAGCUUAGGAAUAGGAAUCGUGCUCAUUGGUCGUCUAAGUUGAGAAAUAGUGGGAGAGAGGAUUCAUCUUAUACAUAUAGCACCCCUGCCUUGUCUACAAGUUCGUACAAUAGAUAUGCUGUUAGAAAUCCAAGUACCGUUGGGUCAUGGGAUGCCACAACAGUGUCCCUCAAUGAUGGGGAUGAUGAGGUGGACGAUCAGCUUGAUUUGCCUGGUCGACAGGGGUGUGGGAUUCCUUGUUGGUCCAGGAGGUCAACACCAAAAUAUAGGGGUGGGGGUGGGAGUUGUUAUUCACCGUCCUUUUCUGAUACUUUGAGGAGGAAAGGAAGCAGCAUUCUAUGUGGAAGUCAAACUAUGUAUCAAAGGAGACGCCGCGGAUCUUCUUUAGGGUACACCAAGAGGAGACACAGUUCGAGGAAUGCUGCUCAAGGCCUAAUUCCAUUGCUAACCAAUGGUGAUGGACAGGGAUUGUCCUCAAUAGGAACUGGACACAGUGAUGAUGAGCUCUCCACAAACUUUGGGGAACUUGAUCUGGAGGCAUUAAGUAGGUUGGACGGGAAGAGAUGGUCUACAAGCUGCAGAAGUCAAGAUGGACUAGAACUGGUGGCACUGAAUGGAGAAGAUGGAGAAGAGGGCUCCCCGGAAAAUAUCAGAAGCCUGAGCCAGAAGUACAGGCCAAUGUUUUUCGAGGAAUUAAUUGGGCAGAAUAUUGUUGUUCAGUCCCUAGUGAAUGCAAUCUCCAGGGGACGAAUUGCCCCUGUUUAUCUUUUCCAAGGCCCACGAGGAACUGGUAAGACAUCAACAGCAAGAAUUUUUGCUGCUGCUUUAAAUUGCCUUGCCACAGAAGAAACUAAACCCUGUGGAGUCUGCAGAGAAUGCGCAGAUUUCAUGUCUGGGAAAUGUAAGAAUCUUAGAGAAGUUGACGGGACGAACAAAAAAGGAAUUGAUAAAGUUAAGUAUCUUCUAAAGAAUCUGACAGCAAGUCAGCAAUCAUCUUCUUUAGGAUUCAAGGUUUUUGUUGUUGAUGAAUGUCACUUGCUGCCUUCAAAGACAUGGCUAGCAUUUCUGAAGUUCCUUGAAGAACCACCAUCACGGGUUGUCUUCAUUUUUGUGACUACUGAUCUUGACAAUGUGCCGCGUGCUGUAUUGUCUCGGUGCCAGAAGUACCUCUUCAAUAAAAUCAGGGAUGGUGAUAUUGUACUCAGAUUGAAGAAGAUUUCUUCGGAUGAGGAUUUGGAUGUGGAGUCAGAAGCAUUAGAUUUGAUUGCUUUGAAUGCAGAUGGAUCACUUCGAGAUGCAGAAACCAUGUUAGACCAGUUGAGUUUGUUGGGGAAACGAAUCACUACUUCUUUGGUAAAUGAUCUGAUUGGUGUGGUUUCAGAUGAGAAGCUACUGGAACUUUUGGAGCUAGCAAUGUCAUCAGAUACUGCAGAAACUGUAAAAAGAGCCCGGGAAUUGUUGGAUUCAGGUGUUGAUCCAAUAGUUUUGAUGUCUCAAUUGGCCACUCUCAUCAUGGAUAUAAUUGCAGGAACUCAUCCAAUAGUUGAUGCCAGGCAAACUGAUACCUCUGGCGGGAAAAGUUUGACCGAGACAGAACUGGAUAGAUUGAAGCAUGCACUAAAGCUUCUUUCUGAGGCAGAGAAACAACUUAGGGUUUCAAGUGAACGUUCAACUUGGUUUACAGCAACCCUUCUGCAGUUGGGUUCUUCUACUUCACUAGAACAAACUCACUCAGGAAGCAGUCAAAGGCUGAGUUCUAAGACAACCGAGGAAGACCCUUCUAGUACAUCUAGAGAAGCUAUAUCCCUGAGGCAGAGAACUGAUACUCACCAUGCUUCGCGUAAAUCAGGUUCUCCCUCGUCUUUUGCAAAAUCCAACCGUCGAAAUUCAGCAAGUAAAGAAUUGGGACUCUCAUCGAUGAUUGGUGAGGCAUUGGGUGGUCCACAUAAUGACGUUAAGGACAGUAAGACAUCAUCUAGGUGCCCCAACACAAACAUAUUGGAUGAUAUCUGGAUCAGUUGCAUUGAUAAAUGCCACUCUAACACCUUGAAGCAACUGCUUCAUACUUGUGGAACACUACUGUCAAUCUCUGAAGUUGAAGGUGGUUUUGUUGCUCAUAUUGCUUUUCGUGAUAGCAAGGUUAAAAUGAGAGCCGAAAGGUUUCUUAGCAGCAUCACAAAUUCAUUUGAAAAUAUUUUACGGAGCAAUGUAGAGGUUAGACUUGUUCUGCUACCGGACGGGGAGACGUCUGAUGACAGUGGAAAGCCAAUUACGUUGACGGAUCCUGUAGGUAUGAAACAGAUGGGCCCACCAAACUUGGUGAAGAAGGAAACAACAGUUUGCUCAAGUCAGGAACCUCUACAGGUAUCUAGAGGAAGUUUUAAUGAUUCUGAAAGCAAGAUGGCUGAAACUUUUGAGUCAGCAAGUGGAAAUGCUGAAACGAGUAGUUCUAAAGAUAGGAUCUCAGAAAUUCCAGUGCAGAGGAUAGAAUCCAUCAUACGUGAGCAGAGGUUAGAAACAGCAUGGUUACAAGCAAUGGAGAAAGGAACUCCUGGAUCAAUGAGUCGCCUAAAACCUGAGAGGAACCAAGUCCUGCCACAAGAUGGUGCUUAUCAUAACAAUCAACUAGAAUCAAUUAAUUCGAGGGACCUGCCUUCCCAGCAUUGGCAUGAUGAUCUAAAUGAGGAAAUAAGAAGUCUGAAGAUGAUUGAUGGAAAGGCCAUUCAGAAGGAUCAGACCAGUAAAAAGGGCGACAAUUAUCCCAUUUCACCAAGUUUGUUGCAUAAUGGCAUCUAUGCCGCCAAUUUCAGCAAGGAGAGCAUGGGAUAUGAAUCAGGAUCUGGUGCUGGAGGUUGUUUCUGUUGGAACAACACCAGACCCCAUAGAAGGGGGAAGGUUAAACAAGGGACCCCUGUGCGUCCACCUAAAGGCGGACGGUUCUUAUGGUUUGGGGAGUGUGCAAAAUCAAGGAGAACAGAGAGUAGAUUGAGAAGAUAGUAGUGAAGCUCCCAGACCCAAGAAUUGCUCAUUUGUUUUUAGUUGGUCUUUCUGUAUUUAUUCCAUCUGCUGGGGCCAUUCUAUUCUUUCAAGGUUUUCAAGCUCACUAAAGGAUUUGUAAAGUUAUUGCUCUGGGCUUCUGAAAUUCCCUCUAGUCCAGCCAGUUCCGUGAAAUCAAUAAAAGGUCGAAUAGAGAACAUUUCUCUCUUGCCAUUGACUACUUUUUUACUACCUCUGGAGUUUUGAAUUAUGCAGACAAAUACUAUCAGGACCAAAUAGAAAUGGUGGGAUGUGAGUUUGUAAAAUGGAACCAACUUUUAACAGGAUCUUGAAUCCAUCUUUAUAAACCGAAACAAUAUUUGUUUAACCUAAGGUUCAAGUUGCAGGAAAUAUCUUGUAUUUGCAGUAUGCAACCUACACUAAGGUCUUUAGUUAGGUGGACUAGUUUUGUAAAGAUAAUAAUACGUAAGUUAUUACGCUGUGAACAACUUGAACAUAGAUUUUUAUGUUGUGAAUAACAAUACAAAUACUGUUUCCAGUA